AACAGAUUACAGCACAGUUGCGGAACUAUUUUUGCAAACAGCUGGAGGUUAUCGCUGUCCAGCAAUAAAAAGAGUUCACUGGAGAAUUUUGAGCCUGUAUUGAAUAUUUAAUAAAGUUAUUGAUAGAAAGAAGUGAGAAAAAAUAUAGGAGCCUUGAUGAUGAUGAUGAUGAACUAUAUAUUGAAAGAUGCAAGCACCAGCAAUUCACUUUCAAUGAUAAAUUUGAUAAUUUUCCUGUUAGUCAGUACUAUGUUGUCACAAGCGAGUGCUGACUCUGAAAUCUGUAACUUUGAACAUGGCCUUGGUACGACAUUAUGUCCAUGGCACAAUGUUGAGGGAGUUGAUGAUGACGACUGGACUCUCUCAGAUUACCCAUAUCAUUUCAAACGGUCAACGUUUGGACGAAACCUUUAUUCUAGAGGACAAUACUAUUCGCAAGGAAAGGCUUGGUUGGUGGGAAAUUAUCGCAACAACUCUGUUACGUGCUUUUCAUUUUCGUAUUACCUGCAAUAUAAAUUAUCAGUGUAUUGGACAUUGAAUAUCUAUCAAGAAUAUUUUUAUAAUCGAUAUAUGCUGUUACUGUGGUCAUUAAAUGAUGAUAAAGAAAGCGAGUCGUACAAGUGGAAAAAAGGCCAAGUCACAGUUGAUUUUACCAUGGGUCUAUCUAGGUUGAUCAUUGAAAGCGAUCAUAGAAGAGGUGCUACUCUUGCCAACCUUACUUUUUAUUCCAAACGCUGUGACACCAUACCAAAGGUCGCCACUCCUAGUAGUGCUUUAGAUUGCUCCAUUGGCUCAUUUUUUUCGCUUCAACUUAAUAAAUGCGAAAAAUGUCCCACCUCUACAUAUCAACCAUACGCAAAUCAAACUCGUUGUCUUACCUGUAAUGAUGGAAAAGGUACCAUCAAUGUUGGUGCAGUAAGUGAACAAGAAUGUAUUAAAGUAGAAAGCUGCGAUUUUCAAAAGGGAAUGGGAACGAAUGUAUGCCCAUGGCACAACGUCUACUGGGAUGAUGUCAUUAACUGGAAACUUACCCCACCAUACUUAGACUUUUUGGGUUAUGAUGCUACAGGCUCCAGUAUUGGACGAUAUGUUUCUGCUGAUAUAAGAUACAUUUCACCCGGCAAAACUUGGUUGGUGGGAAAUUAUCGCAGGGACUCUCUCGUUUGUUUUUCAUUUUCGUAUUACAUGUAUCGCACUUAUUCUGGGAUAUUAAAUAUCUACCAAGAAUAUUUUCACAAUGGAUACAGUCCUUUACUGUGGUCAUUAAGUGGUGAUCAAGGAAACAAGUGGAAUAAAGGCCAAGUCACAGUUAAUUUUACCAUGGGUCUAUCUAGGUUGGUCAUUGAAGAUGUUCUAGAAUCAUCAUAUUUUAGGGUCAAGGCUCUUGACAAUCUUGCUUUUACUCCUGGAAGCUGUGAAAAAAUACCUGAGGUGGCGUUUCGUCCUAUUGCUUUUGAUUGUUCCGUUGGUUCAUUCUUUUCGUUUGAAAGUAUGAAGUGUGAAAAAUGUCCCAUAUAUACAUAUCAACCAUACACAAAUCAAACUCGUUGUCUUGCCUGUAAUGAUGGUAAAGGUACCAUCAAUGUUGGUGCAAUUAGUGAACGAGAAUGUAUAAAAGUCGAAAGCUGUGAUUUUCAAAAGGGAUUGGAAACGACUGAUUGUCCAUGGCGCAACGAGAGAGUUGAUGAUCACUUUGACUGGAAAUUAAGUACAUCAAACUUAUAUUAUUGGCAACCACCACGUUAUGAUGCUCUAGGGUUGAGUAUUGGUAAGAUGGCAGUGUUUAUAGUGAAUAAGUGUUGCAUGUAUAACUGCUUAAAGUGCAAAAAGUAAAAUGAUGAAGAACAUUUUUGAUUUUUUCUACAAAUGAAAAUUCAGAUUUACUUUUUAAUGAAAUCUAACGUCAUAAAUAUUUUGCUGCGUCUAAACUAGAUACUUUAUUAAAAUUGAAAUCAGAUGUAUUUUGGUACCACGCUACGAUACCACACGUUCCGGUGUUGGUAAGAUGGCAAUGUUUUAAAUUGAAUCUGAAACUUCUUGAAUCAAGGCUUAAAUAAUAACAGGCAAAAUGAUGGAGAAAAUUUAGUAAGAUUUUGUCUUCAAAGAUAACAAAUUUGGUGGGGUAGAGAAAUUCAUCAAACAACAAAGAUAAACAAAAACUUAAACUUAACAUGUGUUGUAGGACGAUAUCUUUAUUCUUUAUAUAUACCGUCUACAUAUAUCUUUCAUUUCUUCAUGUGUUGUAGGACAAUAUUUUUUUCUUUAUAUAUCCCGUCUACAUAUAAUUUACAUUUCUUUAUGUGUUUUAUGGCGGUAUAUUUAUUCUUUAUAUAUAUAGUCUACAUAUAUCUUACAUUGCAUUAUGUGUUGUAGGACAAUAUCUUUAUUCUUUACAUAUAGUCUACAUAUAUCUUACAUUUUUUAUGUGUUGUAGGGCGGUAUAUUUAUUCUUUAUAUAUAUAGUCUACAUAUAUCUUACACUUCUCCAUGUGUUGUAGGACGGUAUUUUUAUUCUUUAUAUAUAGUCUAAAUAUAUCUUACAUUUCUUUAUGUGUUGUAGGACAAUAUUUUUUCUUCAUAUAUAUAGUCUACAUAUAUCUUA